UUUAAAACUUCAUCAUCCAUUUCAUGUGUUGAGAGACUUCGGCGUAAUUAUUGCAGUUCGAUCCUUAAAUUUUGGAUUUCUCAUAAAAGAAGCAUCAUAUUUUCUUUGGUGCAAAAUAAACCUUUUUCUUUUUUAAUCUGAGUUAAGAAUGGGAAGCAGCGAGGAGAUGCCAGUGGUGCUCAUCACAGGAUGCUCACACGGAGGAAUCGGCAACGCGCUGGCUCGUGAGUUCUCGUCGAAGGGUUGUCGUGUUGUGGCGACGAGUCGAUCGCAGAACACGAUGGCCGAUUUGACGAAAGAUCCCAAGUUUUUAGUACAAGAGCUCGAUGUUCAGUCAGAACAUAACGUGAAUAAAGUCUUUUCGGAAGUUAUCGACAAGUUCGGUCAGAUUGAUGUUCUGGUCAAUAACGCCGGAGUUCAAUGCGUCGGUCCACUCGCUGAGAUUCCAAUUCAGACCAUGGAGCACACCUUUAACACCAAUGUGUUCGGUUCCAUGAGGAUGACUCAAGCUGUUGUACCUCACAUGGCGUCAAAGAAGAAAGGAAAGAUUGUGAACAUAGGAAGUAUCAGCACAAUGGCACCAGGACCAUGGGCAGGGGUUUACACUGCAUCAAAAGCUGCUCUUCAUGCUCUUACAGACACAUUAAGGUUGGAGCUUAGGCCAUUUGGGAUUGAUGUGAUCAACAUCGUCCCAGGAGGUAUUCAAUCAAACAUAUCCGACUCAGGGAUAUCGAGCUUCGAUAAGUUACCUGAGCUGAAACUAUAUAAGCCUUUCCAAGAAGCUAUCCGUGAAAGGGCGUUUUUGUCGCAAAACGUUAAGCCAAUACCUGCAGAGACGUUUGCGAAGGAGGUGGUAUCAGUGGUCCUGAAGGAACACCCACCGGCUUGGUAUUCUACAGGGAGGUUGUCCACCGUCGCGGCGAUCAUGCACCAUUUGCCCAUUUCCGUCAAAGAUUUUCUCCUGACUAAGAGCUUCAUGAAAAAAGGGCCAAAAGAAACUGUUUGAAUGUAUUCACCCAAAUAUUAACCAUGAAACAAGCUAGAUACAGAAGCCACAUAGACAUAAUAAUGGGCUCUUAAGCCCAACACAGUCCAGAAUAAGAGACAUAGUAAUUGGCUCUUUAGCCCAACACAGUCCAGAAUAAGAUCCCAGUAAGCCUCAAGUCUGGUCCUUAUCACACAUCUAUCUGAAGUAUGUUACUAGCCUACUAAUACUAGGUAAUAUAAUCCAUCAAGGAACAAUGUGUGUGUUUUGUGAGAAUUAUGAUCAAUAUACUUCCAACAAAACUGAAGAAUAUAGCAUUUGUCACUAUUCUGAAUUUAUUAUUAAAUUUCACA